AUGUCACAACAAGUAAUCGUUCACGCGUAUAGACACCUAUACCGGCAUAGUCUGAGGGCCAUCCAGUUCUCGAAGCCGGCUCGGUACACAUUGCGCGACCGCAUUCGCUUAGCCUUUCGCAAGGGGUCCGCUGCCGACUAUGAGCCACAGAGAAUCCGCAACACGCUUGAAUUCCUGCAGUAUGCGACCAAAGAGAGUGGGCUGGAACACAAGAUAUUGAAGAACCUGAUGUUCGUAUGGCAUGUACAGGACACCGGAGGCCGCUUAAAGCAUAUCCCAAAAAACCUAACGCGCGACGAGAUCGAGAUCAGGACCACCGCGUACGACACUUUCAACCACAACAUCCGCAUGCUAAACGAGAGCAUGGGACUAUGCCUUCCAGCCAUGACUGUUCGCGAUCCCAGUUGA